AUGGUUAUUGGAGCUACGGCUUCCUUUUUCUUGUUUCUUGGACUGUAUUCUUGGACCUCACCUAUAAAGUUUCAAGAGGGCCUCAACUGUGAGCUAUACUUCUGGAGUUUGAGAUGCCUAGUGGUUGCAGCUGCUGAUUUCCCAUUUCUUCCCGACCUCUCGAGCCUAGUUCAUUUACAUCAUCUCGAAGUGCGUAAAGAACAAAGUAUAACAUUUUGGAGCCCGAACGAGGUUACCUCGCCUUGGAAGGACGCACAGUCCAUCUAUCGUCUUCCACCUAGCUUAUCAACCUUGAAACUUCACCCUAUCCUGCAAUUGCCAGAUUUUUCUGACUUCCAAAGCUUGUUGGUUCUCUCUAUUAGCGGAUGUUUGAUGCCACGCAUGCCCGAUCUGUCGUGCUUGAAGUGGCUACAUGAGUUACGACUCAAUGACUUCCCCAGACUGGCAGAGAUUCUUGGUUUGGGGGAGCUAGAAUCACUCGAUUUUCUGCAGAUUACCAUGUGUAAUGUGAUCAAACAAUUGCAUAACCUCUCGAAGUUGAGAAAUCUACAGCAUCUCGAGCUAAAACAUUGUGCAAAACUGAGAGCCCUCGAAGGCUUGAAAGAAUUGGAUUCUUUGGAGAAUGUGGAGAUAAGAUAUUGCAUGUCCAUGGAAAGAUUGCCCGUUGUGCCGGCAUUCACCGAGUUAAAGACAAAUUGGAUGGCGCCAGAAGCUCCAGAACACACCAUUCGGUCCACCGUGCUGGGAAAGCGAUUGCAACUUUGGGAAUUGUGGGAUGAAUAA